UCAUCUGGGCCGAGGUCGGAUCUGCAGUGCAGCUCUCCCUCCUCCGUUUGGUUAGGCCUGGGCUCGGGCACAUAGGUAGUGCCCCUGCGAAGAUUCCCUCUGCGGCGGUCCCGGAGGGCUUGAUGCAGAGGGAAGGAGGAACACGGCGGAUCGGCACUGUGUUGUGUCCCUUCCGGCCGGCAGGCGGAUGACGUCAGACGCCGCGCUGACGUCAUCAACAUGCGCCACAGGUCCUGCAGCAUGAGAAGCACAUGGAGACACUAUAAAAACGCUCAGGACCUGUGUAACGGCGCCCUGCAUAGCGCGGCUCACAUAUUUUGGUGAAGCAUCUCUGAAGCGGUCGGGAGUCAAGAUGAGCACCCCCCUCACGCCGGGCUCUGGAACCGAGCCUGCAUCAAACCCUGGGACAGGAGAAAAGGAUUCGGCUUCUGCAGCCAAAAAAACUAGAAAAUGUGGUAUUUGCUGCAAAAGAUUGUCUAACACUGGAUCCAAGCCCCUGUGUAAAGAAUGUACUGCCAGUGUCAUCAAGUCUGAGUCUUCUAGUCUAAUUGAAGACAUUAGAAAAGUGGUAAAAGAAGAGGUUCAGCUAGCCUUAACUACCAGAGAACCUACUCCCCCCAAAGUUCCCCCCACUCAGGACGCCCGUAGUGUUAAAUCACUUAUCCUGGAUUCCGACUCUGAGGGGCUGGCGGUCUCAGACUCCGAAUCUGUCCAAAAACACCCGGCAUCUUCAGAUGAAGAGGGCGAAUAUAAGCGCUUCCUGUUCAAUCCUGAAGAUAUUGAUGAACUUAUCAGGGCCAUCAGGGCCACCAUUCAGAUGGAGAUGCCUAAAACCCCUAGGUCUACCCAGCAAGAAAUUUUUGGGGGUCUAGGUGAAAGUAAGAAGGCCGUUUUUCCAGUCCCUGAUAGUGUCCAAAAAUUAAUUAGGUCUGAAUGGGAAAAACCGGAUAAAGGAUCCUUUAUCCCAAGAGGAAUUAAGAGGCGCUACCCCUUUAGCCAAGAGGACUGUACGGAUUGGGAGACCAUUCCCAAAGUAGACGCGCCAGUGGCCAAGGUAGCAAAACAUACGGCCCUACCGUUUGAAGACUCAGCACAAUUGAAAGAUCCUCUAGACAGGAAAGCGGAGAGUCUCUUGCGAAAGACCUGGGAGACUACGGCGGCCCUUCUCAAACCGGGCGUUGCCUCCACAUGUGUGGCCAGAACACUGAACCUUUGGCUAGACCAGCUAGAGAUACAUCUGGUCAAUAAGACACCACGGGAUCAAAUUCUAGAGAGCUUGCCUCUAUUAAAGAUGGCAACCUCCUUUCUAGCAGACGCAGCUGCUGAAUCAGUUAAACUGUCCGCCCGUACAGCUGUUCUCUCAAAUACAGCGAGAAGGGCACUAUGGCUUAAAGCGUGGUCAGGAGAUAUCACAUCUAAAAAUAAAUUAAUCGCACUCCCCUUCCACGGUCAGUACGUUUUCGGAGAAGAUCUAGAUAAAAUCCUAGACAACGCGACAAAUAAAAAAAAGAGGGUCAUCAAGGGAAUUCCUAAGGUUCGCAAUAGAAUUGGAGGGAAACAUUCAGCAUUUCCAGUUCAGGUGUCUCCCCUUCGGGAUCUCUUCUGCCCCAAGGGUUUUUACCAAAAUAAUGGCGGAAGCCUUGACAACCUUGAGAGAAAAGGCAAUUUGUGUGAUCCCCUAUCUGGACGACCUACUGGUAGUGGCGGACAACAUAGAGACCAUGGGAAUCCAUCUUGCGUUAGUCCUGGAUCAUCUACAGAGCCUAGGUAUGUUUGGAGCUCUGCCUUCUGUUUAAGUGGACCAGAGACAUUUAUGGAUGGUACAAGCAAUGCAGUGCUCAUUAACUCCUUGAAGGGAGGCUUACUCAAAACAGGCCAGUUUAAAGUGUACAGCACUGCAUGUAAUGAAGAAGCUACCUAUGCUGGUCAAUCCCGGUUCUCCCCUGCGAUAUUUGCUGCUCUAGAGGAAUUUGCUGGAGGCCUGCCGAUUAUUUUUGGUGGUGACAUAAAUUUCCCCCUGGACACCUCUGUUGAUGUUUCUUCAGCUGCUAUCUCAGACUUUGUGGAGGAUCAUAAAUCAGAUCCUUCAAGCCCAACCAUUCAAUGGGAGGCUUUGAAAUGUGUGGUACGGGGUAGACUCCUCUUACAUGCCUCUAGAUUAAAGAAGAUGAGAGUUGAGCAGAUAAGGUCUCUGCUGCAGAAACUGGCUUCUCUGGAACAGAGACAUAAGGGUCCUCUCUGUUCAGUGGUGUAUCAAGAGUUAUGUGAUACACGUAUGGCUCUUAAGAAGAUAAUUGACCAGAAAUACUUGGGAGCCAGAGAUAGACUCCAAAAACAUUUUUAUGGACAAGGAGAUAAGUGCGGUAGAUUGCUACCAAGAGCACUGAGGCCAAGACCAAACUCAUCCUAUAUAUCCUCCCUUAAUCAGCGGGAAGGGGGUCGUGUCCACGCAACAGGGGACAUUCUGCGAGAAUUCCAAACAUAUUAUGAGGAGCUUUACAACCUGAGAGGUAAGUAUGCAGAACUUCAAUUAGACUCUAAAACCCAGAAAAUUAGAAGCUACAUCUCGGGCCUGUUGAACCCUAAAUUAUCAGGAGAACACAGGGACAUCCUUGAAACGGGAAAUAACAGUACAUGA